GGCGUCUUGAAGCUUACUCCUCGCGCCAAAAGUGAGCUCCGAAUGGCGUCCCGUAGUUCGCUCACGCCUGGUGGCUCCGCGUACCUCGUUGGCAGCACUACUGCGACAACGAUCAAGUCGAAGCACGGCGCCGUCUUUAUAGCAUCCCGGGCGUACACGCUCGCGGUCUCGGCGAUCUCGCUCCUCGUCGUGGCGCUUGUCGCGGGCGACGCUGUCGUCAACAACUGGACCAUGCUCAACUACCUCGGCGGCGGGUUCUUCUUCAUUACGCCAAUCGCAGCGACCAACGGCAUUGAUCAGCUCAGUGCGCAGUACAGUUUUCCGCGCAAUCUUGGCAUGCAGAAUCUGUCCAAGGUUGGACGCUGGAUGGCCAACUACUCGGUGACCAACAUGGUGGCCAAGAGCGACCGGAUUUACCUCAUCAACACGGGCGACAUUCCGCUGACCGCCGACUCGGCGCUCUGCCCCAUCUUUGCCAAGACGUAUGUAGUCGACAUGGGCGCGACCAACUUUCGUGUGAGCCUCGCGCUCGCUUCGGACGCUGUGACGCACUUUCGAGGCAAUGCGCUCACGCACUUCUUCACGCACGACGCGACCGAGAACCUCGGCAACACGAGUCUCACCAGCAAGCAACUCAUCAACCUCAACUACAUUCCUGGCCGGAUCACCGUCGAUAAACGCUUUACGACCGAGUUUACCCUCCUCAACUCGAGUGUACCCCAAACCCGCAUCGUGUCCUACUAUCGGAUCUUCAGUCGGUCGUUCUGCACCGGGUGCGACCCCGUCGCUGAGCUCGGCUACUCGCAGUGCAACAUGACCAUGGUCUACAACGACAGCGCAAAAACUGUCCAAGUCACGCGCUCCGAGUUUGUGCCAGGGUCCUUUUACAAGCUCGGGUUCAUCAUGCCCAGUACGGGCCUCGGGCAAGUCGCGCUCGCGGCCAAGCUCAUCGCGAUCGUCUUUGCAAUUUUGUCCUACAUUGCGAGCCGCCGGACCGUGCAGUGGCUGGACAUCGACCCGACGCGUGGCGACUCACUUCUCUCGCGCCUCCAGCGGGCGAUCGUGCCAAAGUGCUUUCCGUACCAAAGCCGCGCGCUGAGUUAUAGCAUGUUUUGCUAUAACUCGGACGUGUUUGUCUUUUUGUACGCGUUUAGCGUGCUCAUCGACAUUCAAAAUUGUCUCUUGUACGUCCGCAACGUCAACUUGUACACGAUGUACGCGCCGCAAUUUGGCUACGCGUUGCAACUGUUUGCACUGAGUUCGCGGCUUCUCUGGGUCAACUGCGCGAUUCUCAAGAUGUGCAAGCUCCUCUGGAACCUUCUUGGGACCGCUGCGUUUGCCGGCGACAGCGUCGUUAUGGGCUUCUUCAACCUCAGCAGCGUCACGUCGCUCUAUGUGAGUGCGAUAUUUCUCUUCUACGUGCCGCCGUUCAUCGAGUACAACAACGCGAUCAUCGUGAGCGUCACCAACGCCGCCGAGCGCAUCGACGGCAUUUGCUGCGAAGUCUUUAACGGGUUUUACAUGCGCGUUGCGUCCUCGAUCAUUGCCGGCCUCUUCGCCAACCUUUUCCUUGUGACGUUGCUGGACCACAUUGUCCACUUUAAAAAAUGGCGCGCGCUCGCCAAGCACUCGCUGGCACGGCAAGCCAUUUACAACAGCUCGUCGAUUGUCUGCGACUACAUUGGCGAUAUCCGAGACGAGCGGGACGGACCCAUCUUCGUGUGCCACGCCCGCCGCCUCAGCACGCUCUACUGGUUCUUCACGAGCCACCUCUCUCUCUUUGGCCUGCCCGAGAAGAAGGGCCUCCGCGCGCGCAAGGCGUCGGCACUCGCCGUGCAAGCCAAGGCGGUCACGUCCGGCUCGACGACACCUUCGGUGCCGACGGCAGUCGUCCUGGACGAAAGCAACGACUUCAUGAUCGUGCAGGACAGUGACCACAACCUCCGUCUCCUCGAUUUUCAGUUGGCUGAGGUCACGAGCCUCGUCUUCAACAUCAAGAUCCUCAAGAACACCACCGUCACCAUCAAGUAGUGCAUUGCAUGUUCCUAGGCAUUAACUGUCCAUGUCUUCUUGCGCGUUUCG